AUGGCCUCCCCUGCUUCUUCUUCCUUGCGAUUUGGAGCUGCUGCCGAUGUGGUUCCAUGUCGAGGAUUUAGAAGGUUGCGGGAGGAGAUUGUUGACGGAGAAAAGAGUUCCAUUUCUUCAUUGGUAAAUGAAGGAUUUGACAAUUGGAAAAGGGUAAAUCAAGAAAAAACAUGUACAUUUCUUACCCAUAUUGGUUCUGCAGCUUCUUCGCCUCAUACUAUGUGCGAGAGAAAGGCUGAAAAUUUGAUGAGACCCUCGCAACAUAUUGAUAAUGUCAUGGAUGUCCAAUCUAAAGAGGAAAAAGAAAAAAAUCGCUUGCGUUUGCGGACCUCAAUUGUCAUUAUUCGUUGGCUAGCACUUCAAGGGUAUGCCUUUAGAGGUAAUGAUGAAUCUCUAUCUUCAUCUAAUCGUGGGAAUUUUCUUGAAUUAGUAAAUGCUUUUGCAAAAAUGAGUACAAAAAUUGAUGAAGUUGUACUUGAGAAUGCUCCAAAAAAUGCUCAAUAUAUCGCUCCAGAAAUUCAGAAAGAGAUUUUACAUAUUAUGGCUAAUAGAGUACGAAAGAUGAUUCGUGAAGAAGUUAGUGAUAAAUGUUUCUAUAUUCUUGUUGAUGAAGCACGAGAUAUAUCUAAACGAGAGCAAAUGGUCAUUAUCUUGAGAAUUGGAAUCGAGCAUAUGCUGACAAUUGGAGAAUGUGAUUCUGGAAGUGGGGCUAAUCAGAUUGGUAAUUUGCAGCGAACGGGAGCUACUCGUUGGAGUUCUCACUAUGACUCAGUAAAAAGCUUGAUAGCAAUAGAUUUCAUCUUGAUGGAGUUAAAUACUCGAUUUAAUGAGUCAUCAGUGGAACUUCUUUCUCUUAGUACUGCUUUAGAUCCUAAAAAUUCGUUUGAAUCAAUUAACACUGAUGAUAUUUGCAAGCUUGCAAUGAAGUUUUAUCCUGAAGAUUUCACAAAUCAAGACAUCAUUGCUUUGAAGUAUGAAUUGAUUGAUUCAUCUAGUUUGGCGUUACUUGUUUCUACUGCCACUACUGAGCGAGCUUUUUCAGCAAUGAAGAAUGUGAAGAUAACACUUCGCAAUAAAAUGGAGGAUGAAUUUCUUGAAGAUUGUUUGACACUUUAUAUUGAACGAGAUUUAACUAAGGAUAUAGAUAUAGAUUCUAUUAUAGACGAAUUUUAUGUUUCAAAAUUUCGUAGAACACAACUUUGUUGA